AUGGUAGAGGAAAAUCAAAGUAAAUGGCACACAUUGCUAUCUCAGGCAUUGUGGGCCUACCGAAAUAGUAGAAAUACGUCUACUGGAUUUUCCCCAUACCAAUUAACAUUCAGGCAAGACGCUGUUCUGCCGGCAGAAUUUGUUGUAUCUUCACCCAGAGUGGUUAGUACAACAACAUGUAUUGACGAGGCGUAUGCACAAAGAAUGUGGCAACAACUGAAGGAGGUGGACACAUAUCAUUUGAAUGCUCUGGAUCAAGUGGUUAGACAGAGUGAGAUUAGACCAAAAUAUUAUGGAAAAAAAGUGUCCCCAAAGGUUUUUACAGAAGGGGAUUUUGUCUGGGAAACAAUUCUGCCUACGUAUAAGAAGGUGGACCAAUUAGGGAAAUGGUCCCCCAAUUGGGUAGACCCUUUUAUCGUUAGCAGAGUAAUUGGAAAUGGAGCUUUUAUUAUUGUAAAUCAAGAAGGAAAGCUGGUACAUGAGAAUAUUAAUGCUAAGUAUCUGAAAAGGUAUUACCCUGCCUUUUCAGAACAUUGUCAUUAA